AGAUUUUAUUAUUUUUUUCAUUCUAUCACAUUCAACUAAGAAGAAGGAGUCUUCAAUUCUAAUUCUUUUGUGCCUCCCUGCGUUUUCUAGGGUUUUCUCUCCCUGCGUUUCAGGGUUUCAAUUCGUCGGCUUCUUUUGGAAAUUUUGCUGCUGUUUCUCGUCCUCUGUAGAUCCAUGGAAGGAAGAGACGUCAAUCGAUUGAAUAUCGGGGUAGCACACCUCGAUUUGGAUGAAGAACAAGAGGGGCUUUCGUUUCUUCCUGACAGUGGGGCACCGACUGCUGAAACUAGCUUGCGCACUUGGACGAUUGCUGGUCGAUUUCUCACAGACAAGGUUAUCAAAUUUGACAUAAUGCAAAGGGUUAUGGCUGCCGCUUGGAAACCAGCGUUAGGGGUGCGAAUUGUGCAAAAGGAUGAUAACCUCUAUCUCUUUCACUUCUUCCAUAUGAAAGAUGCGACCCGAAUCAUUGAAGAGGGUCCAUGGUCAUUUGAUAAUGCAACAUUAGUGAUGAAACUCCUUAGUCCAGGGGAGGUUGUCGAGACAAAGGAUCUGAACAUGGUUCAGAUGUGGGUGCAGAUUUAUGACCUCCCGGAUGGGUAUACUUCGCUGGAAAUUUUAGAGGCGGUGGAUUUGGAACUAGAGGAGUACCCUUUUGAUGCAUCUCUCCGGGCAGGGGGAAGGAAAAAGGAUACUAGUUAUGGCUUACAAUGGUUGCGCUUUGACAAUCCUUUAUUGGGGGACGGUGCAGGAUCUUCGGUGUCGGCUGCUACAAAGAGUAACUCACAUGACGAGGAUGGCUUGGAAAUUGCCUCAAAACGAAAAAGGGGCGGCAGGUUCUGGGUUCCAGGCCCGCCGAGAGCAAUGAGUAUCAUCAGUUGGAACUGCCGCGGGCUGGGCAACCUGCGGACAGUUCAGGAAGUGGCGGAGCUCGUCUUCGCAAAAAAGCCUGAUUUUGUUUUUCUCAUGGAAACUAAAGGUGCUCGUGAUAAGGCUGAAGUUCUUCGUGUUAAGAUUGGUUUUGAGGGAUUGCUUGCGGUGGAUAGUGUUGGUACAAGUGGUGGUUUGGCGUUACUCUGGAGGUCAAACCGCUCAGUUAAUCUUAUUAGUUACUCACGAUUUCAUGUUGAUGUUAUGGUCUCUUUGGGAGGUGCUCUCCCUUGGAGGCUCACUGGAUUUUAUGGGAAUCCUAGAAGAGACCUUCGACAAACCUCGUGGGAUCUCCUUCGCUCAUUAAAGGUCAGAUCUUCCUUACCGUGGGUGGCCAUCAGUGAUUUCAAUGCUGUAUGUGCAUCUUCUGAGAAGAGAGGGGGUCAGCCUCAACCUCUAUCGUUGAUUUCUGCUUUUAAUUCAACGUUGGAGGAGUGUGGUUUGUUUGUUCCUGGUAUGCAGGGAUACCCUUUCACGUGGGAGCGUGGUAGAGGCACGGAGAAUUGGGUUGAAGAGCGUCUGGAUCGUGCCGUUAGUACAUGUGAAUGGCGCAUGCUUCAUCCCCAUGCUUGCGUCACAAAUCAACCUAUGCGGACAUCUGAUCAUUCUGCCUUGGUUUUAUGUCUAACUAAACCGUGUACUUAGAAGUGGAAGAAAUAGUUCCGGUUUGAAAAUGCAUGGCUUCGUGAUGACGGUUAUAAGGAUGUGAUUAAGGAGGCGUGGAAUUCAUCGUCAACACUUUCUCUCCAGGACAGGUUGGGUUAUUGUGGCAAGAAGUUGAUGGCUUGGGGGGGCGACAAGAUGCAUAAAUUUGGUAAACGGAU